AGUGUUUGGGUUCUGACCACUCAAUUACUCAUUUCAGUCUGUUCUUCACUCCAUUGUUGAAACUUUUUCUUUGUCUCUCCACUCUAGAAACUUGGAGGCAAGUACACAACAUUUGGUGCAAUACUAUCUUGCUUUUGGUAUUAACGGAUAUAUGGCUGCUGAACCAGUAAAUGUCACAGAAUUUCAAGAACUCGCAAGGCAAGCCCUUCCAAAGAUGUAUUAUGACUACUAUGCUGGUGGUGCUGAGGACCAGUAUACACUUAAGGAAAAUGUGGAAGCAUUUCACAGAAUAAACAUCCUGCCAAGAGUUCUUGUGGAUGUCAGCAAAAUAGACAUUUCAACUAGUAUUUUGGGCUAUAGAACUUCAGCACCCCUUAUGAUUGCCCCAACUGGCGGGCAUAAAUUGGCACACCCUGAAGGGGAAGUUGCAACUGCCAGAGCAGCAGCAGCAUGUGACACCAUUAUGGCUGUGUCCUUCUCGUCUUCCCGCCCAUUGGAGGAGGUUGCUUCAAGCUGCAAUGCCAUCCGCUUCUUUCAACUAUAUGUUUACAAAAGGCGGGAUAUAACUGCUCUACUGGUACGAAGGGCAGAAAGAAGUGGAUUCAAGGCUGUCAUCCUUACUGCUGAUACCCCUAGACUUGGUCGGAGAGAGGCUGACAUAAAAAACAAGAUGAUUGCACCUCCAGUGAGAAAUUUUGACGGUCUCAUUUCAACUGAUGUUGUUACUGAUAAAGGUUCAAAACUCGCAGCUUAUGCAUCUGCUAUGUUGGAUGCUUCUGUCUGUUGGAAGGAUAUAACAUGGUUAAAGUCCAUUACAAAUUUGCCCAUUCUGAUCAAGGGCGUACUCACUCCUGAGGAUGCAAUAAAAGCUUUGGAAGUAGGAGUUUCAGGCAUCAUUGUCUCUAAUCAUGGAGCUCGGCAGCUAGAUUAUUCUCCAGCUACUAUAAGUGUUUUGGAAGAGGUGGUUGAAGCUGUUCAAGGGAAAAUUCCUGUUCUGCUUGAUGGAGGUGUGAGGCGAGGGACGGACAUAUUCAAGGCCUUGGCCCUUGGUGCACAAGCUGUUAUGAUUGGAAGGCCAGUUCUCUUUGGGUUGGCAGCAAAGGGAGAAUAUGGGGUGAAGAGAGUCAUUAACAUGCUGAAGGAGGAGCUAGAGCUAAGCAUGGCCCUUGCUGGAACUUGUACAGUGAAGGACAUCACUCGAGGCCACGUGAGGACGCAACAUGAUAGACUGCUAUGCAAAAUCUAAGAAUUUGUUCAACCGCAUUCCUUUACUGUGUUUUGGGGUGUAGUAGCUUCAAAUGUCCAUGUUUUCUUGUCAAACAAAUUUUGCAGGACUAUGUGCUUGCAUUAUAAACUGCUGGGAAGUCUCAGCUAAUUCUCGGGUAACUAACUGGGCGGUGGAAUGCAUGGAUUUGUCCUUUACUUUCUCUGAUAAAUGAAAGGAAGCAAAUGGAUUUUCAAGACAAAUGGAA